AGUUUUAUUUAUGGGAAAAAAAGGGGGGUGGGGGAACCAUGCACUCUUUAACGUCACGUUAUCGGUUAGACGGGAAAUAGCUUCUGCUUGAGGUUAAUUAAAAGGAGAAACACGGGGAAAGAUUUGCAUCGAGUUUAACUAGCUAAAUUUGUGCGUGGAAAUGAUUUGACGGCGUCUCGCGAGCUCCCUCCUCCACCUCCUCCUCCUCCUCCUCCACACAACCUCCUGGAGAGCAAAGUGAACACUUUUACAGCAAUGUGAGCAGUUCAGUAGUGCCUGCGUUAAUUAGGCGAGAGAAAAGAAGUGGAGGAAGUUUAAGGAAGAGAGUUAAGAAAGGAAGUUGUGCUACCGGAAAGCGUUAAAUGGAGUAGGACUGUUAGUGUACUUUACACCGGAACUCUCAUGGAGACUAUGUGAUGUAACCUACAUUAUUAUUAUUAUUAUUAUUAUUAUUAUAUAUUUUUUCCGUCAGUAGAAGUGUAAUCUUGGUCGCAGUGAGCUAAUCUGAUCGUGUAAAUCCGUCCUGUUUAUAGCUGCUUCGUUAUCACGUGAUCCGCAGGCGCACUUUCCAUUAGACGCGUUUGCUUGUGGGAAUGUCACUUCAUAUCGCCUCGAAUCAAACCCACAAACUUUCACGGACAUGCUGAACUACCCAAAGGUUUUUUUCCCCCUCCAUGGAAUUUAAGUGAGACAAACAAACAAACAAACAAAGAAAAACCAGCCAAUCAGCGCCACGAUGGCAAUAUGCGGACGCAAGAGUCGCCCCAAGUUGCUGCUGUUCUUCAUCUGCGCGUCACUGUUUGGAUAUUUCAUCUUCCACAGAAAUUCCGAAGUGAGCCGGGCGAAUCGGCGAGGAGUUUUAUCUGACCAAAUCCCCGAGGAAGAUAACGAGCUCCUGCGGAGACCUGUCUAUGAGAAACCAGCUUUAGACCCGAAUGCACUGGGGGAGUUGGGGAAAGCCGUGAAACUGGAGCUGUCUGGAGAGGAGAAGAGAAAAGAGGAGGAAAGUCUCCAGAAACACCAGAUCAACACUUACAUUAGUGACAAGAUCUCCCUCCACCGCAGAUUACCCGAGAGAUGGAAUCCACUAUGCAAAAACCUGAAGUAUGACUACCGGAGCUUGCCAUCCACCUCAGUAGUGAUUGCCUUCUACAAUGAGGCCUGGUCUACUUUACUGCGCACAGUGCACAGUGUGCUGGAAACCUCACCUGACAUCCUACUGAAUGAGGUCAUCCUUGUGGAUGACUACAGUGACAGAGAGCAUUUGAAGGAGCCUCUGGAGAACUACAUAGCUGAUCUGAGGAAAGUACGUCUGAUCCGAGCGAGGAAGAGAGAAGGGCUGGUCAGAGCUCGACUCCUGGGUGCCACUCUAGCCACAGGUGAUGUGCUGACUUUCCUGGACUGUCACUGUGAGUGUCAUGAGGGCUGGCUGGAGCCCCUGCUCCACAGAAUAAAGGAGGAACCCAGUGCUGUCGUCUGUCCUGUAAUAGAUGUGAUUGACUGGAACACGUUCCAGUAUUUGGGCAACUCCGGAGAGCCUCAGAUCGGUGGCUUUGACUGGCGCCUGGUUUUCACAUGGCAUACAGUUCCUGAAAUUGAGCAGAAACGCAGACACUCCCCUACUGAUGUCAUCAGAUCUCCGACCAUGGCUGGGGGCCUGUUUGCAGUCGGCAAGAAGUACUUUCAUUACCUGGGUACUUAUGACACAGGGAUGGAGGUGUGGGGAGGAGAGAACCUGGAGUUCUCAUUCAGAAUCUGGCAGUGUGGAGGGAGUUUAGAGAUCCAUCCCUGUUCCCAUGUGGGCCAUGUCUUCCCUAAAAAGGCCCCCUAUUCGCGGAACAAGGCUCUGGCCAACAGUGUGCGGGCAGCAGAGGUCUGGAUGGACAACUACAAGGAGCUGUACUACCACCGCAACCCCCACGCUCGUCUGGAGGCCUAUGGCGAUGUGACGGACAGGAGGAAGCUAAGGAUGCGUCUUCGCUGUAAGGACUUUAAGUGGUUCCUGGAGAAUGUCUAUCCAGAUAUCCAUGUCCCAGAGGAUCAACCCGGCAUGUUCGGAAUGCUGAAGAAUCGAGGAAUGUUUAACUACUGCUUUGACUACAGUCCACCUAGUGACCACAAUGUGGCGGGCCACAGGGUCAUUCUGUAUCCAUGCCAUGGCCUGGGUCAAAACCAGUUUUUCGAGUACUCUACAAACAACGAAAUCCGCUACAACACAAGGGAGCCCGCAGGCUGUGCCGUGGCCGAUCCCAUCUCCACCUUCCUCAGCGUUAAUCUGUGCCGAAAACCCCAACAACCCGUCCCCGAGGACCAAAAGUUUGUAUUCAGAGAGGAUGGGACUUUGUACCAUGUCCAGACUCAGAAGUGUGUCGAGGCCUUGCAGAAGGUAGACAACGGCAGUCCUGGUCCUGCUCUCCGUCCGUGCACCGGUUCAGCCCACCAGCAGUGGUUCUUUCAGGAGAGGACAUCGGUUUAAUAGCAAAGCACUUUCUCUACCGCUCCAGAGCUUGAAAGGGUAUCCGACUGAGGCAGAUCUGUGGUGAUCUACGAGAUCCUAUGCUGUCUUUCUCUUCAUUUUGAUGUUAGGAAGUGACUGCUCACUCGUUAUUUAUUUAUAAUUUAACAAAAAAAUGACUGCUGCAGCUUUUGAUGGAUUUGGAGCGGUGACUCACUGCUCACUGUUGCUGGCCGAUAUACAUUCAGCGUGUUUGAACCGGGUUCUCCGGUUUCCUUACGCCUCCCAAAAUCCUGCAGUUUGAUUGGCUAUGCUAAAUCGCCACUAAAUGUUAAUGAGCGUGUGAAUGUGUAUGUACGGUAUCUUCCAAUGGACUGGUUCAGGGUGUGUUCCUGCCUCAUGCCUAGUGUUUCUGGGAUAAUCUUGCAAUUAGGCAUGUAACUGAAUAGGAAUACAUGUAUGAAUAGCAGGAGAACCAUUUAUUUUUUUAUUUUUAAGAAAGCUUGGUUCACAGGACAUCUACUUGAGACUAAAGUGGUGUAACAGGACUGGGAUCAUGUAGAACACAAUAAAAAAAAAUUUUUUUAAAAAGGCAUCGGACAAAACAGCGCCAGACAAACAAAGACCACAGCACGUAAUGCAUUUGCUGUGUUUAUUUAUGACCUAGUGGCAGUGCAGGUAUCUUUUUUAUUUUUGUAGUGUUCCAGGGAACUGUUUGUGGUUGGUUCAUAUUUGUUUUUUUUAAAAAAACUAUUGGUUCAGACCAUGCCCACUUCAGGUUUAGAUCCAAAUACAGAUAUGAAUAUUUGGAGUAGUAAACGGAUAUAGGUACAGAUACUGGCGUUGCCAAUCAGCCACUUGUUUUUGGCAGCUAGGUCACUUCAAAACAUUUUUUGGGCUGGUUAGAGUGUUGAGCGUCUGCAGUAGUACAGGCUGUAGAACUACUGCAAUACUCAUUACAAACCGCUUGAUGGUGCCAACUCCUCCAUUUUCCUUCUGUGUUGUUCUUCUGUGUCCUCCAUGUUCUCUCAAACACUGUUCACUCGAAGCUGGUUUAAACAUCUCAGAUUGCCGUAGUUCAGAUCGAUGGCUUUAACAGUAUCGAAGCGUUUAUUAUAAAUCUGCUGAUCUGAUGAUGAUGAUGAAAAUAGAGCAUGGAUGAUCUGAUACUGUUUUAGAGGAACAGAUUUUAAUGGCUAAAGUUUAACACUCAUUUCUACUCUGUGAUGGAUGGUGUGGCGUGUAUGGAUAUAAACCUGAUUAUGUUGAGUUAAUGUUCAGAUACUUGUUAAUGAAGAAGCCAUAAGCGACAAUGAUUGGUCGGUACAUGCUGUCGGCUCUGUUUUAACAUUUGUUCGUCCAUGUUGAAUGUUUAUUACUGCAGUUUACUAUUAUAAAUAACUGAUCUCGUGCAUCAAGGAACAGCCGAAGUGCUUUAUCUGGUUCUAAAGGGUUUCUGGGGUCUGAGACAGAAAGUUGCUUAAUAAUAUUUUGAUGAAGUUUAAACAUGUGCCUAACUUGGAUUAAAUUAAUGAGAUACACACAUUAGUAGUUUACAGACUUAAACAUAUCAGGAACUAUUUAUUCAGACCGACGACUGACCUUUCGAGAUGCUGCACGGAUGUUCAUAAAACUUCCAGGGAUAAACAGGUGGUUGUCAGAUUGUUUAUCUGUGGAUUUACACUGGAGCACUGAAAGACCUUGUGCUGUCGAUCAAGUCUCAAAACGCUGCAGGGUCGAUCAGCUGGUGAGAAGAAAUCCAACCCCUGGACAGUAAUGCUGAUCUCCCGAAGACGUGUCUUAUGAUCUGUGAAAAAUCAAAUUCGUGUAAUUUUACAUUGUUGUAUGAUUUCGUUAAAUUGAAAGAUACAAUUUAUUAAGCAUGUGUCCACAAUGUCUGAUGCUGAAGUAGCUAUUGGAUUAGCUACUGUCUAAUCUAGUUGAUUUUGUUAAGGUUUUGUUUGUGCACUUUUAUGUGAACUAGUAUCACAGUGGUAGCAUCGCCGCUUCAUAGUUUAGUUUGGGUUUCUUACAUUUUCCUUUAUCGGAAACUUUCAUCUGGGUAGGAUCUGAAAUGGAGAAACGAUAAUGUGUAGCGAGAGUAAAUUCAGGUGAUGGAUACUGUUAUUUAAGUGACCUUAACAUAUCUGAACUUAAUCAUUUAAUUCCAUCAAAUGUCUAAUUCGUGUUUGUCUAUAUAAAGGAGAACAUUUUUGUUCCAUCAUUUUUGUAUUAUGAAUUUAACAUGAGUGAAAUUAUUUGAAAAUAAUAAUAAAAAAAAAAGAAAAAAAACCCUUUCAGUAACAUGUCGCAAUCCUGAAUUGCUCCUUUAUUUCUUUUCUUUUUUUUUUCUUUCUUUUCUUUGUUUUGUCUGACCAAGAACAGAGAACAUCCAUAUUGCCUGUGUUUUUUUUGUUACACUAGUCUUUGCAUCUACAGCAUACUUUUGAGAUUCCUCUUACACUCACUCACACAUGCUUUUUCUUUUUGCAAAUUGGUUGUGAGGAUCGAAGGCUGCUGACAUUGUUCGACUCUGCUGACGUUUUCUCUGAAGUUUAGUACGAGUGCAUAUUUUACCAUGGUUCUGCUGCCAUAGAUGGAAAGAGAGA